AUGAUAACUCUUGCUUGGGUUAGGCAACAUCCUACUACCUGGAAAACUUUUGUCUCUAAUAGGGUGUCAGAGAUCCAGACGAGCCUGCCGCAAGCUCAGUGGUUAUUUGUCGGGUCAAAGGAUAACCCCGCGGACUGCGCGUCGCGCGGCAUCAGCGUUCAAGAACUAAAAUCGCAUUCUCGGUGGUGGACUGGGCCUCCAUGGUUACGGUCAACUUCCACACUCUGGCCGGAGCAGCCCUCUUCUCUUCGAACCGAAGGGAACAUGGAGAGACGUACCGUUCCCGUUCACUUAAUUCAGCGGUGCACAGGCGACUGGGCUCUUCCCGACCAGGUCUCUAAUUGGCCUAGGCUUUUGCGGAUCACGGCAUAUUGCCUUUUAUUCUUCUACAGGAUUAGACAACGUCUUAGGCGAGUUGAUAACGCACAAGUAAACAUAGCGCCUGAGUUGGGUGACGUUGUCAAGCAAGCUCGGAACUUCUGGAUUAUAUAUGUACAGAGAUUCAGCUUUUCGAUCGAGACUCAGGAAAUAGAGCGGGAUGACUGCCCGUCUAAAUCUAGUCCGUUGAGGAAUCUGAAUCCGUUUUUGGACUCUAAAGGUGUCCUACGUGUUGGGGGACGCCUUUCCCAGGCCUCACUGUCUUACGAUGAGAGACAUCCCAUUAUUUUACCCGGGCAUCGUAUAUCGGAUCUUAUUGUCGCGCAAGCCCACAGUCGCACGCUAUACGGCGGAACACAGUUGACUUUAAGAGUUUUACGCCAACAAUAUUGGCUUCUAAAUGCUCGAAACAUUGUAAAAUCUCACGUUCAUAGGUGUGUUGUCUGUGUUCGCCACAGGGCUAUACCGGUCCCGCAGCUCAUGGGUAAUCUGCCUGAUGUUCGAGUCAAUCCAUCCUGCCCAUUCCAACAUACCGGCGUGGAUUACGCCGGACCUUUUCUGGUGCUACCGACAGUGGGUCGCGGUCAACGCACCCACAAGGCUUAUGUGGUUGUAUUUGUUUGUUUGGCCACCAGGGCCAUACAUCUAGAACUGGCUAACAAUUAUACUAGCGAUGGUUUUUUAGCCGCUUUCAGAAGAUUCGCUUCUUGUAGAGAGUUUCCUGCCUCCUUAUUUAGCGACAAUGGCACCAAUUUUAAGGGUGCUGACAGGGAGUUGCGCCAUGCGUUCAGGGCUCUGUCCCGUAAUUCAGAACUCGUCGCGUAUUUAGCCUCCGACGGCAUAACUUGGCGGUUUAUGCCGCCCUCAGCCCCACAUUUUGGAGGAAUGUGGGAAGCGGGCGUAAAGUCCGUUAAGCACCACUUACGCCGUGUAAUUGGUGCGCAUACGCUUUCAAAUGAGGAGUUUGUCACAUUAUUGACUCAGGUAGAAUUCUGCUUGAAUUCUAGACCGAUCGCUCCCAUGUCCGAUGAUCCCUCUGAUCUUUCACCCUUAACACCGGCUCACUUCUUGAUAGGUACUUCGUUAAUCGCAGUACCUGAGGAGUCCGUCUUAAACUUAAAGAAGUCGCGACUCAAUUGUUGGCAACGUGUACAGCGGAUGCAUGAACAGUUUUGGCGGAUAUGGUCGCGAGAUUAUCUACAUACGCUACAACAGCGUUAUAAGUGGCGUCAGAAAACGGCUAACCUGAAGGUUGAUGAUCUGGUGCUAAUUAGAAACAUGUUGCUACCGCCGACCAAGUAG